CCGCGGCAGCAGUGUUGCAUCGCUCUAGCGGCAGUCGAGCUGAGCCCUGGGUGGAAACAUGGAGGAGGAGGAGGAGGAGAGUGGAUACGUGCCCAGCGACCUGACUCCUGAGGAGUGCCAAGAGCUUGAGAACAUCCGUCGGCGCAAGCAGGAACUGCUGGCAGACAUACAGCGUCUGAAAGAUGAGAUAGCAGAAGUGACUAAUGAAAUUGAAAACCUGGGCUCCACCGAAGAGAGGAAAACCAUGCAGAGAAACAAGCAGGUGGCGAUGGGCAGGAAGAAGUUCAACAUGGAUCCAAAGAAGGGGAUCCAGUUCUUGAUAGAAAAUGACCUCUUGAAGAAUACAUGUGAUGACAUCGCUCAGUUCCUCUACAAGGGAGAAGGGCUCAACAAGACUGCCAUUGGUGACUACUUGGGCGAAAGAGACGAGUUCAAUAUCCAGGUGCUGCACUCUUUUGUGGAGCUGCAUGAAUUUACUGACCUCAACCUUGUACAGGCCUUGCGGCAGUUCCUUUGGAGCUUCCGGUUGCCGGGUGAAGCGCAGAAGAUUGAUAGGAUGAUGGAAGCUUUUGCCCAGCGGUAUUGUCAAUGCAACCCUGGUGUCUUCCAGUCAACAGAUACCUGCUAUGUGCUCUCCUUCGCCAUCAUCAUGCUGAACACCAGCCUGCACAACCCCAAUGUCAAGGACAAGCCAACAGUGGAGCGCUUCAUCGCCAUGAACCGUGGCAUCAAUGAUGGCGGGGACCUGCCUGAGGAGCUGCUCAGGAAUCUCUACGACAGCAUAAAAAACGAGCCUUUCAAAAUUCCCGAGGAUGAUGGCAACGACCUGACCCAUACCUUCUUCAACCCAGACCGGGAAGGCUGGCUCCUGAAGCUUGGAGGUACGUACCCCCAUAUCCCCUUGCUAGCUUUGCUUGGGACCAGGGGUGUGCUGCAGUGCUUGUCUUAUUUUUCUGUUCUCUCUUUAUUUUUAAUUGCUGGUGAUAUUAGUCUUAUUGCUGCUGCUGCCGCCUCCAUUGCUAAUUGGCUGCUCAGUCCCUGGGGAACUGGGGGAGAGGUGGGAUGGUGGGUGCGGGGAGGAAGAGCACCUGUGUUCUGUGUGGCCCCCCACAAACAAGCGGAAGCUCAAGACCUUCCCAGUGCUGCGGUUGGAUCUGGCUGCUGCCCUCUCGCCAGAAUUUUACAACCCACACUUGCAUUCUGGGGCAUUUUCCUUUGGGUUUGCCUUGGGACACAGCCAUGAAGAACUCAGGUUCAGUCCCUGAUGUGAGGCAGCUGCUCUCAAAGGGCUAUCAGGUGUGAUGCCCUGGACUGAAAAAGCAGUGUAGCUACACCUCCCUGGAAAUUUACCAGGUCAGGUGGUGAAUUUGAGUUUCACUCGCUAUUCCCAAGAAAGAAAGGCCAGGUAGGGUAGGUGGUGCUUCAGAGCACCUUCCUGUAGGCCCAAGAGGCCCUUUCUAGAUGUUCAGUGCUGGUGAUUGCGCAGCCGUCCUUGUACCAUUCAGAGCCCGAAGCUUCUUUGCAAGGAGAACAGCCCUUGACUAGCCAGCCCUGCGACAGCCUCUGUGCCUCAGCAGGCGCAAACAUCAAAGGUGCCUGGCUAUGCGGGUGAGGGUGCCCGUGCCAACAGGGCAAGCAUGGAUCGGAUGCUCCCCUUCAUGAUGCUGCAGGCAUGCUGUAAGUGCCCUUCUCCCCCAUCGCACCUGCACAGCCUUGGAUGCCCCACCAGUUAUUCCAGGACUCCUCCCCAGACUUGCUUCCUUCCAAGGCUGCAUGCUUCACCCCUUGUUCCCAUGCUUUAGCACAUGCCCCCUGUGGCGGAAAGAUCUCCUCCUGGCAUCAAGACCAGCCUUCUCUCCAUCCAUUACACAGGAAAAGCUAGUAUUAAGGGGUUAUGGUCAGGAGGAAGGAGCUUAUUGCAUUUUAAAAAAAGAAAAUCCCAACAGAGGAUGUACAAGGCGAAGUUUAAAAUACAGAAGCCAAUUAGUAACAUAAGACCUUCAUCUGGAAUGGCCCCAAAAAUUCCCAGCCAGCAGAACAAAGGUGCUGCCUGUAUAACAAAGACUAAAUAUGAUUUUAAUCCUGUGUAUAGGGGUGCAUGUCAGUAGUUGCCUACUGCCCUGAUCCUGGCUGCUAAAGGGAAGUGCCCUGCUUAUGUGUGAGCUGGAUCCCAGAGAGCAGGGGUGGCACCUAGUCAAAAUGUGCAACCAAUUGUGAGCUGAUAAAAGAAUCAUGGUGUCAUGGUUAUGAUUCUUAUCAAUCCCUUUAGAUAAUGCUGUAAAUCCUUCCACGAUCCUUAUCCCUUUGAGCUCUGCAACCCUGUGUAGUAGGUCAUGCUCCCAGUUUACAGACAGGUAACAGACAGAGGCACACACCUGCUGAUUCCUUGGCUGAAGAGAGGAGAACUUUCUGUGUCUUCCACUAGCAGCCACUGUCUUAAAAACAAAUGUUAAUUUACUUACUGUGGUGUUGUACUGUAAACUGCAGCUAUGUUUCCAAGGAUUUCUUAGCAAUCAGAAGGGCUUAGAAUAAAUGUUUAAUCAGCAGAAAGUCUUGUGGCUUUUUUCUUCCUGGAGUCUCCGGGACAUUAAAAUAUAUAUCGUAAUAAUUAUCUUGUAUACUCUUGGCUUGUCAUUUUAAUGCCAUUUUCUUGUGGCUGAGGAAGAAAAGUUGUGUAAUGCUGAAAGCCUACAUCCUCAGCUUCUAAACAGGAAAGAAAAUUGGAGCACUCCAAAAUAACAGAGUUUCUGGAAUACUGGCAACCAGUUUGAGAGAUUUAUAUUCAUGUCCACUUGGUGAUAUAGUAGAUGGGUGUGCCUGAAGCAAAUGGCUAGUAUUCUACAUCCCUGUAAUUGAUAACCUAGUCUCUUAAUUUUGUUUACAUGUUCUGAAAUAACCAAAGUUGUCUUUAAAAUUGGUAAACUGAAAUCAACAGCUUCACUGUGGGAUUCCUUAAUGCUUGUGAGGAAGGCCAAACCCUUGUUCACACUCAGCUCCUGAAGCUGCAGUUUGAGUCGAGCACAUGACGUAUGAUGCCCCUGCCCUGGUUAUCUUUCCCUGCUAUUGAUCUUCUGAUCUGACGUUGAAAUGCCUUGGUCAGUAAAAUUCCCACCAGCUUUCCGACUUGCACCCCGGUUUGACUCGGUCUGUACUGGCCCUGUGUUGAAGGUGGCUCCCCCAGUACUCCCUAAUCACUAUUUUGCCAUGUGCUCCUUGGGCAGGAAUUUGCCUUCUACCAGGCCAGGUGGGUUUGUCUCGCUAACCUGGUAUUAUCUACCCUGCCGGGCAGCAGUUUUCUGGUGCCUCAGGCAGAGGUCUUCCUCACCAUCAGCUCCUUGAUCCUUCUGGCUGGGGAUCCCCGGGGCUGGAUUUAGGAGCUUUUUCUCCACUUCCAGGCUGUGGUCUUGUGCUGUUCCCUCCCUCCCUCCCUCCCUCCUGAGUUGUGGCAAAAUGGGUCAUCCCAAGGUCUCUGGGCAUGCAGUAGGUUGGGGUUCCUUUGUUCCCUGGGGACUGUGGCAGGCACUAUCUGGAGCAAUUGGCUGUUUUUGUUUCGUUUGUUCUUGCUUUUUAAUUUUUAUUCUUACGUUGCUGAAUGAGGCCUCAUUGUUGUCUGUGCCUGUGUGUGGCUGUCAGGGCCUCCUGGGCGGGUCUCUAGGUUUGUGCAUCUUUUAAAUGGUUGUUGGCUCCUCUCUCUUUCCUGGGCUUGAAGGAGUAGCCAGCACUGAGAGAUGAUUCCCUCCCCCUGCCUCCCCAGUGGCUUUUCAGCUUGGCCUGCCCACCUUGCACCUCCUGCCUCUCCGGUGCCCAGGUGAUCUGUGUGGUGUAGCCUUUGAGUGGGGAAGGGCAGCUAAAGGAAGACUCCCAGCCUAGGAUCAUGGAAUCAGAACAGUAGGGUUGGAAGGGGCCAAAAGGCCCUCGGGUCCAACCCCCUGCUGGUGCGGGUCACUAAGUCACCCCGUCAAUGUCUUGUGCUUUAGACAGUGGGGUUAGGCAACGUUGGCUGUAGCUUUGUCUGUCUGCUACAUUAGUAGCCUGCCUUUUAUUCCAAGGAGCCCUCCUCUGUUUUAUCUUCACAACAACAACCCUGUGAGUCAGGUGAGGCUGAGACUGGCCCAAAGUCACACAUGAGUUUUGUGGCUGAGUGGGGACUAGAACCUGCCUGUUGACAUCCUCUUGAUUCAUUCUGAUAAGCCUCUUGGCUGGGCAUCGUGUCAACUUUAGUGUUAAGUUGUGAAAUAUAUUACAUAUAAGAGAGUGAGGUAGUGCUCCUUCAUGGGUGCCAAUGGCAAGCCAGCUCCUUCCCACCCAACCAGAGUCCUUCCUUGGAAAAAAAGCUUGACCAGAUAGUUUGGGGCUUGUAUGUCUUUGGCUCCCUUCCUUUUACCUGUGUAGAAAACUUCUUUUCCCAUAUCUGGAGACCCUGCUCAAAACCUGCACUGAGCACCAUGGAGAAGCUAUUCCUGUCCUAUCAGGAUUCAUCCCUCUUAGUCCUGGGGCUGUUGCGUAGCCCUUCGUGUUGCCUAGAAUAGUGUGAAGGCAGGCAGCUUCUGGCAGCCAGAACCUAGGACCAAAAAUCCAGUCAAACUCUGGUUGAGGGAAGAAAAGCACUUAGCUGGCAACUGGCUUUCAGACUGUGGGCGGGGGGUGGGGGGAUUCUCAGUAGAGCAGGUGAUUCCAAGGAGCUGGCGAAGAAGCAGGAUACCAGGUUGGAGGCAGCCUGGGGCCAGAUGGAAGCGGGGCCAGAAGGAAAGUUCUAAUCGCACAUAAUGCUUGAUAGGUUUCAUUCUUCUAGUGUAGGCACACAGGGACCGAUUCAGACUGGAACCAAGGAGUUCCAGGUGGGGGCAGCUUGAAAUUCCCCGCUUGUUUUCCUUCCCAAAUCCACCCCAAUCCUACCCCUCUUCAGGGUUCAAAAUGAGAAAAAAUGUAUCCAUUGAUCCCAGGGGAAGGUUGUUCUUCUUUUAAUGCUUCCCACGUGCGUGAGAGAGAGAGAGAUUUGGAGAAGUACAAAGCGGAGCAUCAUAUUUAGUUUGGCUCUCAGAUACCUUUGCAGGUGGACCUGAAGUCUAUCCAAGCAUGCGGCAGACACAGGUCUGCUCAGUGCUCUGUGACGGAGCCCUCCCCGCCCCACACACUGCACCUGCUCGGUUGUGCUCGCGCCCUGGCCCCCUGCUCUUGCGGGGCUGGCUCUGCUUGCGCCCCUGACACUGCUCGGCCCGAUGCUGCCUCUUCGUGCCCAUAGGCUCUAGCUCUGCCUUUGCCGCUGCCGCUCUUGUGCCCACGGCCGGCCCUUAGGUGUGGGCAAGCGUCGUCUAGCUUGCUUCUUCG